AUGAAGUCACUCUUGAUUUCCCUGCUCCUUUUGGCUCCUGCCGUUAUGUGUGAUCCUCGCUCUCCCUGGAAAAUCCAUCUCGACACUGUCAACAGACAGAGAAGUAAAUUCGCUGAAAAGUACCAAGUUGCCAAUAUGAAUGAACUCACCUACGAUCCGAAAUUGGAGAAGAAGAUAUUGGAACAACUGGCUUUUACUGAUACCUGUCCAAAACCGUCAAUCAUUUCUCAUAAUGGUUUCGAUUUUUAUUUUGAUAUCGGAAACGUUGAUGAAGGGAAGUCGACGGUGUAUGAUUUAAUAUCUGCAGUUGGAAAGAAAACUAUGACUAGUUACAUCUCAACUUGUAUGAAGACAGGAGUUCGUAUCAUCAGCGCCGUGACUGAUUCUUCUGACACUCCAGCUAUCUCUGGUCCCCCGACCUCCCAAUGCCCGGAUGGUAGCUUCCCCAGUUCUGAUUUUGGUGGAUUGUGCAAACUGAAAAAAAAUCGUAAGGGCUAUGUUCGAAAAGAUGUGUUUGAUGAUUUUGCGAAGUGGAUCUGCGUCCCGAAGAAGGGCUUCCGUUGUUAUUAA